AUGUGGUAUCAGUACGCCGAAGUAAAAAGUACAUUGGAAGAAGAAUAUCGACAGUCAACUGAUCCCUUGGCAAGUUCAGAAGCUAAAUCGCUUGCAGAUAAUUUGGAGAAGUUCGAGUUUUUGCUGUCGUUAGUCAUUUGGUACGACGUUUUAUUCCACGUCAAUCUUGUCAGCAAAUCCAUGCAAUCAGAGCGGGUAGACCUGUCAGAUGCAACAAAAAUGAUGCACAAAUGUUUGAAAUUUUUGAAAGAAUAUAGAGACAAAGGAUUAACAAAGGCUCUCAUUGCAGCUAAGGACAUAGCUGAAGAAGCUGAAAUAAGCCCGGAGUUUGAAACAAUCUGCGCACGAAAAAGAAGAAAAUGUUCCCAUAUUAAAAUGAAGAUGACAUGCCAAUGGACCCAGGAACGUUAUUCAGAACAAAUGUUUUCUAUCCUAUGUUAG